AUGCCAGCAGCUACAGCGCAACCGGUAGCCGCCGGGCUGUCCCGAAGCACGGGCAGCAGUUCUCACUCGACGCACCGCGGUGUCACUACAUUGAAGCAGUGUCUGGGGGCUGCUAGUCCGUUCGCCGACGAGGAGCGGUGCCAUCUCGAAUCCUGCUGCUGCUGGAGCAGGAAGGUAGAGGAUCGAGCGCUGGUACUGUCGCAGACUUGUACAUAUUGCUAUUGGUGUGGGGCGACAAGAAGAGUAGUUUUUCUCGUAUUUGUCGACCGCCGCCUAUUCGUCUCGGGAAGGCUUCGCUGGCCACCGCCACCGCUGAAUGCUUGCAAGCAGUUGGCGCGGGUAUUCCAUUCAUCGAUCUCAUUUAUCGUGUACCUCUGUGAGCAGUUGACUUGCGAAGGAGUUGCAAUGGCAGAGAAGCGUAAGCUACUCAACGAAAUCGACAAGUGCUUCAAGAAGGUGGAAGAAGGGGUUGAAUUGUUUGAAGAAACAAUGGCCAAAAUGCAGGAGGCCAACAGUGACAAUCAGAGGGAGAAGUUCCAGGAUGAUUUGAAAAAAGAAAUAAAGAAGUUGCAAAGGCUGAGGGAUCAGAUCAAGGGCUGGCAAAAUUCAUCAGACAUUAAGGACAAGGAUAAGUUAACAUCAUAUCGAAAACUGAUCGAGCAGAGGAUGGAACAGUUCAAGGACAUCGAACGAGAGAAUAAGACAAAGCCACACAGCAAGCAGGGCUUAUCAGCCGAAGAGAAGCUCGAUCCUCGGGAAAAAGAGAAGGCUGAGACAGUGGAGUGGUUGCAGAUCCGGUGCUUGGAGGAUGAAGCAGAUAAAACCGAAUCGCAAAUCGAGUCGUUGUCGACCGCUGACCAGACAAGGAAGAAGGGCAAAAGGGAUGAUCCGAAGAAAGGAGAAAAAGAGAGGUUGAAAAGGCUGGAUGACUUGAGGAAGCACCUGGAACGAAUAAGAUUUCAUGUGUCGAAAUUAGAAAUCUGCAUGAGACUGGUCAAUAACGAAACACUAGAAAGCAAGAAGGUAAUGGAUGCGCUCAGGGAACCUUUUGAGCUGUAUAUUGAAGCACUGGAUCCAGAAGGCGAAAAUGACCCGGAAUCAUUUGAUCCGGAAACUACAGGUGAUGCCUUACCAUCCUGCUUCGCCUCCUUCAACAACUGCUUUGAGCAACUAGCUAGUUAG